AUGAAACAAACUGCACUUACUAAGAAGUUCUUCGAUCGUCGGGACAGUUUGGUUACAGACGGUGUUGAGUUUUUGGAUGACCAGUCGCCAUUCGAGGUCAUUCUACACAUCGACAUCCCAUGUUUCAUAAUUGAGAAAGACUAUGGUGACGUCUGCCUCGCUAUUGGAGACGGGAUCGCUCAUCGCUUGGCGAUGUACAAUUUCAGAAAUGCAGGGUGCUUGCCUCUCCGCGACAAAGUCCGCAUGCAGCUGAAGUAUGAGCUAAAUGAUCUCCCAGAUCAUGAAGACACGCAUACCGCAAAGAAACUGCACGAGAGAAUUUGCGAGCAUCUUAGGAGUCGCGCACAUAUCAAGGUGCCGUUUCAUCGCUAUGUAGAGGAGAACAAGUGGCAGACACUGUACGAGUCUCUCAUUAUUGAAGAGUGGACCCAGCCUUGA